AUGGUGCAUCAUGGAGCCCACGCCGCUCCCGCAGCUCGCAUCGCGCACCAGAAGGAUGGGAUAGGCCCGACUGGUGUGGCCCUCUCUCCUCCCCCCGGCUCGCUCCUCUUUGUAUGCAUUGGCGGCAGAGCUUGCGACUGGCGGAAGAGCGCCGAGAGGCGGGACGUGAGAGCGCGUGUGGAUGUGGAUGUCUGCCGCUGGGCUCUACCGGCCUGGCCAUCGCUGCUGCUGACUGCAGAAGCUAGAUUGGGGGGUUGUAUACUCUACAGAUUGGUCAUUCAUGACAGACCAGGCCAGCUCUUGGCGGCGAUGGCACGGCUCAACUGGGCCAUGAUUGUCCGUAGAGAGGAGGAGAAGGAGGAGAAGGGACGGCUGAAGAGCGGACUCGGGACGAAUCCACACAGACUCCCGACCAUCUCGGAUCGGUCAUGGCCCUAUGACCCUGCCCCGAGCCGGCCGUACGCGACAGCGCUGUCGACGGGGUGCGCGCGGCCGCUUUCAUCUCAGCCGCAGUCUAACCUCCCUGCUUCCGCGUGAUGGCGUAGAGGCAGGCUCCCUGUUGAUCCUCGUACGUGGAGCAGGGAGUGCCUGGUUCGUUAGCUCGCGUGCAACGGACGGUACUUGGGAAUUGAGAUUUGCAGCAGAUAGUCCACACUCGCUCGCGCGCCAGCCACAUCCGAUCCAGCCAGUGGUCCUGCAAUGCGGAAAUGACGACACCCCUUCUUUUCGGUUCUUCCAUUCCUCCCACACAUGCAAGGCAGGCAUUUGAUGGCAGGGUGUGUGUAAAUUUAGAAAGCCCUCUUGCUGUUGGAUGGAAAAACUCGGAGAGGCCUGGUGCUAUGCCGAUCUUUUUCUGCAAUUGGAGAUUUCCCAGGCCCAUGUUGGGGAUUUACCAGACCCCAGCUGGGCGUUCAUGCAAUCAAGGUGAAACGAACGAC